AUGUCUGUGAGGAGGCUCUCGCCGACUGCCAACCUACUCAGAACUUCACGCCUGUUCGCUUUGCCGCCACCGCUUCCUAGACCAGUUUCCGAGUUGACUGGAACGGUCCCAGACUCGGACACCGCGACUCUUCCCUAUCCAACGCACGCCGCCAUUGAGACGUCAGACAGCGCCUUUCAGAAGGGAGAAUGGGGUUUGAAGCGAUCACUGCCACUGAAAGCGACUACGCGCAGCUCAACACGUCAUAUACAGAUCGAGAAUGUAGACUCAUUGGACCAUAUCACUGAUUUUGGUUCCACAUCGGCGUACACGAAAACCCUAGAGAAAUGGCAGGAGAUGGAUUUGUCCCUGUCCAAAGCUGGAAGAAAUACGCGAGAGCCACCGAGAAGCGUCUUUGAGUCAGACUAUGAUACUACUGAUGUAAGGAAACGUACUCUAGACGAAGAACGUUGGAAAUUUGAAGGCCCAUGGCUUAAGGGCCAAACCCUUGGCGAAUUCACUGGUUUCGUUGAGAAGAGCGUCAAAAGGAGAAGAAGUGAAUUUCGACGCUUUCUGAGAAAAGAGUGUGCCCGCAAAAAGUUGAACUAUCUAAGAAUCAAGCAGAUUGAACAAGGGGCAGGUGAAGGGGAUUUCAAAAGCCCUGAUCCAGUGUCAGAUGAUGAACUCGAAUAUUUUAUCGGUCAGCUGCGCAGAGCACCCUCGGAACUCUUCAGAUACGUUCAAGAUUUCCUUGAUUUGCCGCGGGAACCACCCCAGAAGGCAACGAUUUCUCAUUUAGAUAUCAGUGACACUGGACCCCCUCUUACUCAUCCAUCUGCCGGUCUAUCAUAUCUCAGGUCCCACUCUCAUACUUUCAACCACCCUCAGUAUGGCCCACAAGAGCAUAAGCCACCAUUCGAGGCAAGGGUCCUUGCAUCGGGCAUAGAUGCAAGGGGAUACAAACAACAUUACUCCGUUUUCGGCAUUGGGGGAGUCACAGCCCAACAUUUUACUGACAACCUUUUUGCAAAUAGAAAAGCUGCAGAAGCCGCUCCUGAUCCCGACAUAAAAGGAGGGUCCAAGACAUGGCUACAAGUCAAUAAAGCAGGAGUAGAUCCUCAGGGUCGCAUUGAACUUGGAAUCAAGAAAGCGGAAACAAGCUCCCAGCUUGCCAAAGAUAUUGACAUAAUGUCAAAGAAGACUGAAUUUGCUGCGCAGAGUAGUCAAACUACCACAAGGCUGGACUCCCCCUCAGGUCGGCCAUCGAAUCAAAAUAAACAGACCUACGGAUUGGAUUUCGGACACGUGCGCAAGAAAGAGGAAGUACAACCUAUGGAGGAAGGUGACGAGAUUAUGCCAAUACUCUAUGAAACCAUGCAAGGGACAAGCAGGGUUUCAUGA